CCGUCGCCUUCACCCUUCAGCCGCCAGGGCGAAGUAGUGACGAACCGUCGAACCGCACCUGCAGGGAAGUCUUCGUCUCGCUCCUCUCUCCGGCUCCCUCCGACGAGCGGCGAUGGCCACAUCGCUCCAGCUGAUCGACUGGGAGACGGAGAGCUACCCCGCCUACCCAGACUUCGCGGCCAUCCCCUUCUUCGCCAUCUUCUUUCUCGCCGCCCGUUUCCUCCUCGACCGUUUCGUAUUCGAGUGGUUAGCCAGGAAGCUAAUUUUCAAGAAUGAGGAUGAGAAGCUUGAUCCUACUACGUAUGCAGGCAAGAGAAAGAUCAGGAAGUUUAAAGAAUCAGCUUGGAAAUGCGUUUAUUUCCUUUCUGGGGAGCUAUUGGCAUUGUCUGUGACAUACAACGAGCCAUGGUUCACAACUACAAGAAAUUUCUGGGUUGGACCGGGUGAUCAGGUCUGGCCAGAUCAAAAAAUAAAAUUUAAACUCAAGGCGGUCUAUAUGUAUGUUACUGGUUUUUACACGUACUCAAUAUUUGCCCUUUUGUUUUGGGAAACAAGGCGCUCAGACUUUGGUAUUUCAAUGACUCACCAUGUAGCAACCGUUUGUCUGAUAGCACUGUCUUACAUAUUCAGAUUUGCUCGGGUUGGUUCAGUUGUCCUUGCCAUUCAUGAUGCAACUGAUGUGUUCCUGGAGCUUGGAAAGAUUUCCAAGUACAGUGGCCAUGAGUUGCUUGCAGAUGUUUCAUUUCUUGUUUUUGUCAGUUCUUGGGUACUCCUUCGCCUCAUAUAUUAUCCAUUCUGGAUUCUCUGGAGCACUAGCUAUGAAGUUGUUCUGACUCUAGACAAGGAGAAGCAUAAGUUUGACGGGCCAAUAUACUACUAUGUAUUCAACAGUCUUCUAUUCUCCCUUCUUGUUCUGCACAUAUAUUGGUGGGUCUUAAUGUAUCGGAUGCUUGUGAAGCAAAUACAAAAUAGAGGGCAUGUUGGGGAUGAUAUACGAUCUGAUUCUGAAGGUGAAGAGGAACAUGAGGAUUGAUUGAGCUGUGUAAGUUCUGAAGGUGAAGGGGAACAGGAGAGGAUGGAUUGAGUUGUGUAUCUGAAGGUGAAAAAGGAACAUGCCGUGUGCAUUUUCAAAUAUUUCACAUUUUGUUUUCUGGUGGCUCUUCAUAACUUAUAAUAAUACAAUAGCACCCUUCCAGGUGAGCAUCACAGAUGGAUGUCACUUGGGCAUUAUCCAUUUAUGUAAAACUAGGUCAAAUUGUAUAGCACCUACACAGUUAAUGGAAAACAUUACUUGUGUA